UGUGAAGUUGAGCACUUUCUUAGAAUGUGGAGAAAUAACUUUUUGUGCUAAGAUUUAAGUGAAUCUUUAAGUAGAUUUUUAAAAUAACAUGUCAUGUCAGUAUUCUGUUUCUCUUAAAGUUUAAUUUAAGAGUAUGCUAGAGAAUAGAGUCUUGGGAAGGCAAGUGCAGUCCACAUUUCAAGAGCCUAAGCAGGUACAACGCUUAGACAGUUUUUGUGCACGUCCAUGAGGAUGUAAGUUAUUCCAGGGCUCUAUUUCUAAGAAGCAACAUUGUUGAGUAUUUUAACAUUUUAAAACUACUUAAAUCAAGCCUCAGUUUUUCUCAGAAGUUUCAUGGGCAGUAUUUAUCACUUGUUUGUUUAUUACUUUUUCAAGCCAGGGCUUCUCUGUGUAGCCCUGGUGUCCAGAACUCACUCCGUAGACCAGGCUGACCAUGAGUCCACAGAGAUCCCCUCUGCCUCCCAAAUGCUGGAAUUAAAGAUGUGCUCCAGCACUGCCUGGCUUCAUGGUCAACUUAUAAAUCUCAGUUUUCAAAUAUUAGCGUAUAAAAAAAUUUCAUUUAAUUAUCUUGGCAGAGUGAGAUGUUUUUAUCAUUAUUUCAAUAAGUUAGGAAUUUUUGAAAUUUUAUUUAGCCACUAUUUCUGUUAUAAUUCUUUGUACCUCAAGGGUUUAAGUAUUUAACAAAUACCAAUACAUUCUCUAAAAUGUUAACUAUUAUCUUAAAUAGUUUUGGAUUUGAGACUAGGUGACGGAUUUUGUUAUUUUUUUUUAAGUUGUGUGUUUGAGGUUAUAAAACAUUGCAAGGUGUGCUGGAGAGACAGCUCAGUGAUUAAGAGCACUGGCUUUUCCUCCUAAGAAUCCAGGUUCACUUCCCAGCACCCACCAUGUGGAUUCUCCAGGUAAGGAGAUGGAAGAAUAUAAGUGUUGUGUAUGACAGGUCAGAAACUAAGGGUAAGAUCUCUCGAAAGCCAGAGGUGUACAGUUGCACUAGCAAUGGUAAUGUCAUUGGACUUCAACGUAGCUGCUGUGCCAGGCAGAGUAUUAGGUACAGAUGAAAGGACAGAACUCCAUCGUAAAUAACCCCCCUGACGCCUAUUCUCUCCCUCUCCUCCCAGCAACAGUGAUAACAAACCAACUUGUUGCUAGGGUGGACAGGAGAAAUUCACACAGCAGUGCUCAGCGUCUUUUGGUUUUGCUAGAUGGCCUGGGCCCUUAGAGGAUCAGUGUGAGGAUGUUUGACAGUAUACAGUGUUCACGUAGAUUUAACAUAUAGUCCUCGCCGGUAAAAAUACACGUGUCACAUUUUAAGGGAGGAAAAAGUAUUUCUCAAAAACCAGGAAUCAUGUUUGUUGGCAAAAUGUCUGACGUAACGAAACGAAAACAUUUUUCUUGUCAAAUAGAUUAGACAGUGCUAGCACUAUUUUUAUUUUAUUAACUUCAGCUUAAUAAUCAUUGUGUUAUAAUCUCAAAUUUCUUAUGUUGUAUAACUUUGGACUUAUAGGUAUAGUUUAUAAAAUUGCACAUUUAAAAAAACCCUUAUUUAAAUUUAGGAGUUAGUUAUUAAAUGAGUAUGAACAUUAUUCCCAAUUACUUACUUUAAAAUAUUAGAAAACAAAAUUCUAAAGUAAGCCCACACUUCAAAUUUAGAAAUAAAAAACUUAAAGAAUAAGAUUAUUAAUAUAUUGCUGAGCUAUGGUGGUGCACAUCCUUAAUCCCAGCACUUGGAAGGCAGAGGCAGAGCAAAUUCCAGGACAGCCAGGGCUACACAGAGAAGCGCUGUCUUGAAAAAUUUAAAAAAGAAAGAAAAAAUUGUUAGUCUACUAUAUAUACUUACUGAGAAUAUAUUUAUUGAAUGAAUUAAUUGGUAAAAUAGCACUGUAUGUUUUUUUUUUAAUUGUGUUACUUGAAAAGUAUAGCCCACCAGAGCAGCUUAGGAUAGUUUCCUAGGGACUUUUUUAACAUCUGGACUCAUCUUCAAUAAAUAUUUAUUAGUAUGUGUCCUUAAACCUUACUAUGUAUAUUUUCUUUUCAUUGUAGAGGAAUAUCUAAAAAUACUAUUAAUUGUUUAAAAUGUUUCACAUUCUGAGAUUAUCAACAAUAUUUUUGUUGUAGUAAAAUUGAAUUGUGGACACUCAUAUUUCCAUGUUAUAUAAUGUACUACUUAUUAGACAUUAUUGUGAUCACUAGUUUUAAUAAGGGAACAUAAAGUAGCUCCUGAUUAGAGAAUAUGUAUUUUUUCUAUCAUUUAGUAUUUUCCUAAUGUUUCAAAUAAGCAUAAAGUUAAAAUUCUUAAGCACUAUGCUAUGAAAAAACUAAACUCUUCCCUCUUUUAAAAUAAUACUUUGAGUUCCUUUCUGCUCUUUUGCCCUCUUCUUUUUUCCUAGAUAAAUGAUGUACAUUGUGUUUUGAGGAAAUAUCAUUAACCACUGGUUGGAUUCAAAGAGCUCCACUGUAAGGAAGCUCAAAAACAAGAGUCAGUUCUGGAGUCUGAGCCUGACACCUGCACUUGGGAAAGUGGGAAACUGAGACUCUUGCCAACACUGAAAUUCUCAAUUUAUGAAACUAAAACAUCAAAAUAAUAAUGAAAUAAGAAAUAUUGAGCGGCAUAAUUCAAAUACUAAAAAUAAUUUACACUUGAAUGUACAUCAUUUGUAAUUCUAAUAAGCUAAUUAACCAAUUGCCCUAUCAACACUUAUUAACAAGUUGGAAAAUUCAAAUAAGUUUUGUUGUAAAAGGAGUGUAGUAACUAGUGCUGUGUGCAACCCUUAUAACUAGCCAAGGCCAGCAUGCAGGUCCUCUAUGAGCGCCUCCUCAGAAGAGCACAGCCAAGAGCCCAGAACGACACGCAUGUAGUUUUUACCCCUUUCAGAGGAAAUGGAUGUAGAAGCUCGUCUUACUGAACUAUGUGAAGAAGUUAAGAAAGUAGAAAACCCUGAUGAACUGGCAGAACUGAUCAACAUGAACCUUGCACAACUUUGCUCACUUCUCAUGGCUUUAUGGGGACAGUUUCUGGAAGUCAUAACACUGCAUGAAGAAUUAAGAGUACUAUUAGCACAGGAACACCAUACCUUGAGGGUUCGCAGAUUUUCGGAGGCAUUCUUUUGUUUUGAACAUCCAAGAGAAGCUGCCAUUGCAUACCAAGAACUUCAUGCUCAGAGUCAUCUACAGAUGUGCACCGCUAUCAAAAAUACUUCCUUCUGCAGUUCUCUUCCACCCCUACCUAUUGAAUGUAGUGAAUUAGAUGGAGAUCUCAAUUCAUUACCUAUAAUCUUUGAAGAUAGGUAUUUAGAUUCAGUUAUUGAAGACUUAGAUGCGCCCUGGAUGGGAAUUCAGAGUCUUCAGAUAACAGAGGCCAGUAGAAUGGAUAAACAUGAGACUGAAGAGAGCUCUGUAGCAGGACUUUCUAGCCCAGAGUUGAAGGUCAGACCUGCUGUUGCCUCCAGUAUUUGCUAUACAGAAGGUGAAAAGCAGCUCACAAAAUCUCUAAAAGGAAAGAAUGAAGAAGCAAAUAAAUCCAAGGUUAAGGUCACUAAGCUCAUGAAAACAAUGAAACCAGAAAACACAAAAAAGUUAAUAAAACAGAACUCUAAAGAUUCUGUGGUUUUAGUAAGCUACAAAUGUUUGAAAAAUACAACAUCAAGUGAUCUCACUAAAUGCUUUGAAGGCAAUCCUUCACAUAGUCAGGAAGAAGGUCUGGAUCCCACAAUAUGUGGAUAUAAUUUUGACCCAAAUACCUACAUCAGACAGACAAGUCAAAAGGAAGCUAGCACUUUGCCAGCUAAUACAGACAGAACUGAACACAAGUCUCCAGAUACUGAAAGUAUGCAACCAGACCAGUUCGAUCUUCUGAACUCUGGCAGCCUAAAUCUUUGUGCAAAUUUGUCCAUUUCAGGUAAUCUUGUCUCCCAAGACGAUAGUGAUAUCUCACAUGUGGAGCACAAUCUGGCAUUUAGAAGUUCAUCAGGUGAUUGCCAUGACUAUCGAACAACUCCAUCUUCAGGAGUUAGAACACUUGAAGUCAAGCCCAGCAGUAAAGAGCCUUUCAGUGGAGAGAAAAUAAGUGUUAAAAUAGGAGCUUGGGCAGAGCUUCGAGAAGAUGAACUAUUUGUGGAUAAUUUACUACGCAGUUGUGAGUCCUCAGAAUCUGAUGGGAAAUCCAAGUCUAUAGAAAUAACCCUUGGAAAGGAUGCUUUACAGGAAACGAAGUCUCACUCUACUGAAGAAUCAUUAACCAAAUUGAGAAGUCAUCUACCUGCUCCUUCUACAAAAGAAUAUCAUGUUGUAGUAAGUGGUGACACAAUUAAGUUACCAGACACUAAUGCCACAUACGCUUCCUCUAGAUUUUCAGACUCAGGUGUGGAAAGUGAACCAAGUUCUUUUGCAACACAUCCAAAUCCAGAAAUACCCUUUGAAACUCUCCAAGGGCCAGGUCCUUAUAAUAAUGAAAGAUUAUUUCCUCAGCUUUUGAUGAAGCCUGAUCACAAUGUAAAAUUUUCACUAGGAAGUCACUGCACUGAGAGCACAAGUGCUUUAAGUGAAAUACAGUCAUCUUUGACAUCCAUCAACUCCCUACCUUCUGAUGAUGAAUUGUCACCUGAUGAUAACUCUAAGAAAUCUGCUGUGCCUGAGUGUCAUCUAAGUGAUAGUAAAACAGUUUUAAAUCUAGAAACGAUGGAUCUGCCAAAGUGCGAUGAUUCUAAAAAGUCAAGUAUUCUUUUGCAGCAGCAAUGUGUUGUAUUUUCAGAGCAUUUGGACAGUGAAACUUUAGCAAUGCAUUCCUUAAAUCCAAGUAGUAAAGACCCUUUAGAACUUGUUUUCUCAGGUGAAGAUACUGCCGGUGAUGUGAAAAGUAGUUGUGACUCCAAACCUAAUUUGGAUAUUGUGCUUAAAGGCUCCCCGAGCCAUGAUACAUCUAAUAACUGUGCAGAAACAGCAACAACACUAAGCUCAAAGCUGAUUUGCUUAGGUACUCCUUGUGUUGUUUCAGGUUCCGUUUCUACUAAUGCGGAGCUUAGUGAAGAUAGGACUGUGGAAAAAAACCGUAGUGAGCCGUUAAAUCACAAGCAAAUACACUCAGAAACCCUUGUUAUUGAAAAUGACCCUCAUCUGAGUCCAGAUGACUCUAUUUCCAAUAGUACUGAUGUGGUAAAACAAGGGCUUGUGGAAAAUUAUUUUGGAUCUCAGAGCAAUCCUGAUAUUUCUGACACGUGUGCUGUUAGCUACCACAGCUCAGUUAGCUCUCAGAAGGAAACCUGUGAAAAAGGAAUUAGUGAUCUUCAGCAGGAACAAGGCAAAGAAGAAGAGGAGGAAGAGGAGCAGGAUCAACAAAUGAUUCAAAAUGGGUACCAUGAAGAAGCAGAUUUCUCAGCUGCAGACGGAACAGUAAGUGCUCACUAUGCAAGUGGAGAUGUGCUACGAGAAGAGAGACACACACAGUGCGAGAGAGUGAGCAGCGACUAUCUGAGGGCUGCUGUACCCGUUCCUGCUGUUUGUACUUCUGGUUGUUUGUCUUUCCCAUCUGCUCCACGAGAGUCUCCUUGUGGUGGUAAAUAUCCUCCUAGAAGUAAAUUUGAUGCCAUUACAAAGCAGCCAAGCAGCAUUUCUUGCAACUUCACUUCUUCAUCUUCCUGGUAUGAAAAUUCACCAAAACCUCAAAUACAUGCCUUCCUUCAAGCAAAAGAAGAAUUGAAGCAACUUAAGCUGCCUGGGUUCAUGUACAGUGACGUUCCUCUGCUGGCACCCUCAGCGCCUUACUUUAGUGUGGAAGAAGAGGAUGGUUCUGAGGACGGUGUGCAUCUCAUAGUCUGUGUCCAUGGUUUAGAUGGAAACAGUGCCGAUCUCCGACUAGUAAAAACGUACAUUGAACUUGGACUGCCUGGGGGAAGAGUUGAUUUUCUUAUGUCUGAGAGAAACCAGAAUGAUACUUUUGCUGAUUUUGACUGCAUGACUGAUCGCCUUUUGGAUGAGAUCAUACAGUAUAUUCAGAUAUAUAGUUUAACAGUCUCAAAAAUAAGCUUUAUUGGACAUUCAUUGGGCAACUUAAUAAUCCGUUCCGUACUUACAAGGCCAAGGUUUAAAUAUUACCUCAGCAAACUUCAUACUUUUCUCUCUCUUUCUGGGCCUCACCUUGGCACACUCUACAACAGCAGUGCUCUCGUUAAUACAGGUCUCUGGUUUAUGCAGAAAUGGAAGAAAUCAGGCUCUCUUUUACAACUGACAUGCCGAGAUCAUUCAGACCCUCGCCAAACGUUUUUAUAUAAGCUUAGUAAUAAAGCAGGGCUUCAUUAUUUCAAGAACGUUGUGCUGGUAGGAUCGCUACAGGAUCGUUAUGUUCCUUACCAUUCUGCCCGCAUUGAAAUGUGUAAAACAGCUUUAAAAGACAAGCAGUCAGGACAAAUCUAUUCAGAAAUGAUCCACAACUUACUUCGCCCAGUUCUGCAAAGCAAAGGCUGUAAUUUGGUUCGAUACAAUGUCAUUAAUGCCUUGCCCAACACGGCUGAUUCGCUCAUCGGGAGAGCUGCACACAUAGCUGUCCUCGAUUCGGAAAUAUUUUUAGAGAAGUUUUUCCUGGUUGCUGCCCUCAAAUAUUUCCAGUAGGACAGAAGCAUCAUUAGAGACUUACCAAUUACCUCAUUCAGCAACGAUUUAAAUAAUGUAUUAUAGUGUGUAGAUGUUAAGUUCUAAGACAUAUUUAUACCUUUUUAUAUGGAAGAUAAUUUAUAUCAUCCAUGUGUAGAGCCUUUUAAACAUCAACUUUACUUUCUAGGUAAUGUGGCUGUGCAAUAUUUUUUUAAUUUUAUCUUUUUACUUUUCUAUUUUUCAUAUGUUUUGCUACCUAAGUAUUUCAGUGAAACUUUGAGCCCAUAUGUAUGUCUGAUCAUUUAUUAUUGGCUUCCACAAUUGUUAUUCAGACUACAUCACGUUAAAGGCUGUUAGGAUAGUAUAGGAUUUUAAAUUUUAUAAUUUGGGGCUUUUAGUGGACAAUAAAUUUUACUUUUAACACUUUAUUCUGUUUUAACUGGAAAUAAAAUGGCUGCUAAAAUGUAUUUUUGAAAUCAACCUCUUUAAUCCUAAAAUACUAACUUUACAUUUCCUCAAACCAGGUGGUUCAUACAUGCCAAUGUUUUAAAAGUUUUCUAUAAAGUCAUUAUUGUUGCUAUUAAACGUGUCAUGCUUAUUAAAAUAUAUUUUUACUGGUCAUUUCAACAUUAUUUCUCAUACUGACUUUUAUUCCUGGACUUUUCUUGUUCAUUAGGAGCUUAUAAAGAUUUCUGAAUGCCCUCUGCCUUGAUUUGGUUGGAAUUUUGUUAAAUUUAGUAAUGUUGCUUGAAUUUCUCACAGCAGUUCUUUAACCCUUUUCAUAGAGUUCCUUCUAUGUAAUAAUUAAAUGUUGAAAUUUAUGAAAUACUUUUAUGAAUUUAGAUAAUUUUUAAAUACUAUUAAAAUUUAUCGAGCUAAGAGUCAUGUAAAUAGAGUUAAAAUUGAGAGAUGAUUAACUUUACAUGUUUGGUGAUACCGAUGCAGAUGUUUUUGAUAUAUGGAGAUGUUGAGUCUUUUGACUUUACAAACGGUGCUGAACAGCAUUCACUUCACUACCCCCUCCUGUUUUAUUUGUGAAAAUAAUAAUGUGCUACAGGUGGAUGGAAGGUCUGUUUACAUUCACCACUUGUAGUGGGCAAUGGUUUUUGUUAAGUCUGUAUUAUGUAUAAUUGGUGCAUGUUUAUUUUUAGUAUGUUAAUUGCCUCUGAUGUUAAUAAAUGAGAAAAUGCCUUUCUGGAGGAAUAGCGGUAA